UUAUCGCUGGUGCUCGUUUACCGGAGCCGUCUAUCAACCAUGAGUUUCUCUAUUGAAGAAAGAGGAAACCUUAAUACUCUGACUUACAGGGUCUUUUACAAGGAUCAAGAUGGAAAGUACAUCUCCCCAUUCCAUGACAUUCCCAUGCAUGCUGAUAAAGCCAAGAAUAUAUUCCACAUGGUUGUUGAAGUACCCCGAUGGACAAAUGCAAAAAUGGAGAUUGCUACCAAAGACCCUCUCAACCCAAUAAAGCAGGAUGUGAAAAAGGGAAAAUUACGCUAUGUGGCCAAUGUGUUCCCACACAAGGGCUACAUCUGGAACUAUGGUGCUAUCCCUCAGACAUGGGAGGACCCUGGCCACAAGGACUGUGAUACUGGAUGCUGUGGUGACAAUGACCCAAUUGAUGUCUGUGAAAUUGGCAGCAGGGUGUGCACAAGAGGAGAAGUUAUCAAGGUAAAAGUCUUGGGUGUGUUGGCUAUGAUUGAUGAAGGUGAAACUGACUGGAAGGUUAUUGCUAUUAAUGUUGAUGACCCAGAAGCAAAUGACUUGAAGGACAUAAGUGAUGUACGACGACUCAAGCCAGGCUACCUCGAAGCCACUGUGGACUGGUUUAGACGGUACAAAGUGCCAGAUGGCAAACCUGAAAACCAGUUUGCUUUUAAUGGAGAGUUCAAAGAUAAGGACUUUGCCAUAAAGGUCAUCAAAAGCACCCAUGACUUCUGGAAGGCACUUAUCUCUGAACAGACCAACGCAGGAGAGCUGAACUGUAAAAACACUCGUGUUUCGAAAGGAGGCAGCUCAUUCUGCUGUUCACCAGAGGACGCCAAGGCAAUUGUUGAUGGCACUUGUCCAUGUGGAGCAGCGGAUUCCAUUCCAACCUCAGUUGAAAAAUGGUAUUAUUAUGAGAAGUGAAGAUGAAACCCAAUCUAGAUGGACCAGUCUGAUCCCAGUUCUUUAGUGGGUGUUUGUGUAGGAAACAUGGAUAUUUGUCAAAUACUGGUAACUGUAAAUCAGGGAAGCAGUAGCAGUUAGCAGGUAUUUUCUUUUAAUUUAAUUAAAAGAUGUUAAAAUGUGUCAUAAGACAUUAAGUACUGUUUCACUAAUACCUAAAUAAAGUCUGGACAAACAUAGGUACUGUAAGUUUGCAUUAAUAAAGACUUUCUGUUGCUGUUA